CCGAGUCGCCCUCGCUUCUCGUUUUCCUGUUUCCCUCUCCGACAACCUCGCCUUCCGAUCCCUAGUAGCUGCUGCUUAAUAAGCCUGUUGAGGCUCCUCGUGCAACUCUCUGUGCCUCUGCCGUCGCGUUUGCGUCCUCCCCGUCGGAUGGCACCUUUCCCCUAGACAGCUCGCCCGAGCUUUUGCCAAGGAGGAAGGUCGCGGGGACUGAGGGGGGAGCAGCGCGCCUCCCUCCCUCCCUCUUCUCGCUCUCCUUCCCCUCCUGCUCUAUAACCCUUGCAAACAAACAAGCCAGCCGGAAAGUGGAAAGGAGCUGCCAAGAGGGAGCGUGGCAGAGAGGAAGAGGAGAAGAAGGAGGAGGAGAAGCGCUUCUGCCCUCCCCCGCCGCGUCCUGCUCGCGCCCCCUGCCGAGCCUACCUUUCCUCCUCGUCUUUCUCGGUGGCGCCAGCAGGAGCGAGCCCUCCGGCGGACGAUGGCUUCGACCACCACCUGCACCAGGUUCACCGACGAGUAUCAGCUCUUCGAGGAGCUCGGGAAGGGAGCUUUUUCAGUGGUGAGAAGAUGUAUGAAAAUCACUACUGGACAAGAAUAUGCUGCCAAGAUUAUCAACACUAAAAAGCUAUCAGCAAGGGAUCACCAGAAAUUGGAAAGAGAAGCUAGAAUCUGUCGCCUUUUGAAGCAUCCCAAUAUCGUGCGACUUCAUGACAGCAUAUCAGAAGAAGGAUUUCAUUACUUAGUCUUUGAUUUAGUCACUGGAGGUGAAUUAUUUGAGGAUAUUGUUGCAAGAGAAUAUUACAGUGAAGCAGAUGCAAGUCAUUGUAUACAGCAGAUUCUAGAAAGUGUUAAUCAUUGUCACCUUAAUGGCAUAGUUCACAGAGACCUGAAGCCUGAGAACUUGCUCCUAGCUAGCAAGUCAAAGGGAGCAGCUGUAAAACUGGCAGAUUUUGGAUUGGCUAUUGAAGUGCAAGGUGAACAACAGGCUUGGUUUGGUUUUGCUGGUACGCCAGGAUAUCUUUCCCCAGAGGUACUACGAAAAGAUCCCUAUGGAAAGCCAGUAGACAUGUGGGCGUGUGGUGUUAUCCUCUACAUUCUCCUGGUGGGAUACCCUCCUUUUUGGGAUGAAGAUCAGCACAGGCUCUACCAACAGAUCAAGGCUGGAGCAUAUGAUUUUCCUUCACCAGAAUGGGACACGGUGACCCCAGAAGCCAAAGACCUCAUCAACAAAAUGCUUACAAUCAAUCCUGCCAAACGUAUCAAUGCAUGUGAGGCCCUCAAACACCCCUGGAUCUGUCAACGUUCUACUGUGGCUUCUAUGAUGCACAGACAGGAGACUGUAGACUGCCUGAAGAAAUUCAAUGCAAGAAGGAAACUUAAGGGUGCCAUUUUGACAACUAUGCUGGCUACAAGAAAUUUCUCAGCAGCCAAGAGUUUACUGAAGAAACCUGAUGGAGUGAAGAAAAGGAAGUCAAGUUCGAGUGUUCAGAUGAUGAUAAACAACAAAACCAACGUGGUAACCAGCCCCAAAGAAAAUAUUCCUACCCCAACGCUGGAAUCCACAGAGAGCUCCAACACAACCAUUGAAGACGAAGAUGUGAAAGCUCGUAAGCAGGAGAUUAUCAAGGUUACUGAGCAGCUGAUUGAAGCUAUCAAUAAUGGGGAUUUUGAAGCCUACACGAAGAUAUGUGAUCCAGGCCUCACCUCAUUUGAACCUGAAGCUUUGGGAAAUCUUGUAGAGGGAAUGGACUUCCACCGGUUUUACUUUGAGAAUGCUUUGUCUAAGAGCAACAAGCCAGUCCACACCAUCAUCCUGAAUCCACAUGUCCACCUCGUGGGGGAUGAUGCUGCCUGCAUUGCGUACAUACGGCUGACUCAGUACAUGGAUGGGAGUGGGAUGCCCAAGACAAUGCAGUCGGAAGAGACGCGAGUCUGGCACCGCCGCGAUGGGAAAUGGCAGAAUGUUCACUUCCACCGUUCAGGAUCACCAACAGUACCUAUCAAUGAAGGGAAUGGAUGUUCCAUGCAAACUGAAAAUGGGGGGAAAAAAGAAGACACGGGAGAAAAGAGGGAGGGCAAGUGAAAUGCUAGAGAAUAUACAGAGUAUACUUCUCGUGCCAGAAGAUGAGUAAUAUCUUCAUGUGCAAACUAAGGGAAUGAAGGUUUAAAAAAAAUCAGUUAACUUUAUUUUAAUUUUCUGUACUUCUGUUUUCUGGCUCGUUUGUUCUUAAAGACAAUGUGCAUUGCUUUGGUCAUAGUAGAAAUAAUUCCUACUAACAGCACCUUUGUUAUUGUAGGACCUAUGGGUAGAAUUACUGGUUUAGACCAAAGGAUGUCUGUAGGCUUUUCUUUCGGGGAGUCAUCUUUGUUAUGAGUCACUGUAGGUAAAUUGGGGGGAAAUGGCAUAAUUUACUGGCUUGACCUCGCUAGAAGUAUCUGUCGCUGUUCUUAACUGGUCAGCAAUUUCAUUUUAUUUUCAACAAUUUCUUUAGCUUUGUAGUUGUAACUGCAGGGGAAGAGGAGAUAUUUUGAAGUAAUUUUUUUUCUCAUUUGUUCAGAGCCAAGCAGUGGGCACAUUAAUAUGAGAUGGGUUUUGGUGGUUAAAAGGAUGAACUAAAACUUUUUAAGAUCAUUUUAUGGAUGUACAGUACAUUUAUUAAAGCAAGUUGUAGAGGAUUUUUUAAACUGAUGCUCUAGUCGAGAUACUCUAGGACAAUUAGGCCUUAAAAGCUUAGUAUCAGGAGCUUACUUGUCUUAAUUUUCUUUGUAACAGUUUAUUACCUGGCAAAAAGGAAACUACA